AUGUCCCAGAAAUACGACAUCAUCUUCGCUGGAGGCGGCACAAGUGCAUGCGUAACAGCUGGACGCCUCGCUGCUGCCGAUCCCUCACUCAAGAUCCUAAUUCUCGAAGCAGGGCCUCACAUCCGCAACGCCCAAGAUCACGUCCAGCCAGCUCGGUACUUCCGCAAUUUGGCUGAACAAAAAGAAGUCUUCACGUUUCAUGUGGGGAAGCCUAGCGAGGCUAUCGCGGGUCGGUCUCCCGUUGUUCCGUCUGCUAAAUGCGUGGGGGGAGGGUCAGGUGUCAACUUCCUUAUGUAUACGCGUGCAGCUGCAUCAGACUUUGAUGACUGGGAAAAAUGCGGAAACUCCGGGUGGGGCUCAAGUGACUUGAUUCCCUUGGCGAGGAAAGUGGAAAACUAUCCAGACAGCGCUUCCAGUUCGACUCACGGUACCGGUGGUCCUAUCAAUAUCUCAACGGAGAAUAUCGCGGGCGAUUUUGGAAAACAAUAUCUUGCGGUGGCUGCAAAGUACGACUCGGGCCGUGGUUUCACUGGUGAUCCCAAUGAUUUCGAGUCGUGCAAUCGGUGCAUCGACCCGGCGUUUGGAACACGGUCUGAUGCCGCACACCAUUUUAUCUAUAACCAGGAGCAUAACCGAAACUUGAAAAUACUGGACAGGCAACGAGUUGUACGAGUCGUUUUCGACGAAGGAAGUGCUGUUGGUGUAGAGUAUGCCGAUGAAGUUGUUGGUGCUGCGGCCAUACUAGAAGGUACGGUUCGGCUAGCGAUUGCCUCGCGUCUCGUCGUGGUUUCUGCUGGGGCCUUUGGAUCUCCGUCCAUUUUGGAAAGAUCGGGAAUCGGAGCCAGUGGAGUUUUGCACAAGAACGAUAUAGCACAGAUUGUUGACCUUCCGGGAGUGGGGGAGAACUAUAAUGAUCAUAAUUGUCUCUUCGUUCCUUAUUACGCGGAUGAGACAAUCGACACCCUGGAUGAUAUAUUCCACGAUGGCCCUGCUUGUAUGUGCCCUAAUUACCCCUAUGCUGAACAAUGGAAGAAAGAUGGAAAGGGCUUGAUGGCAACCAAUGGCCUUGAUGCCGGGGCCAAGCUCAGGCCUAGUGAAAGUGAUUUGAAGAUCCUUGAACCUACAUUCACCAAGCGAUGGAACGACUUUUUCGUGAACGCUCCAGAUAAACCCGUGGUUUGGAUUGGACCGUUAUCUGCUUACGUCGCCCUUGAUCCCCCACGACAACCGGAGCGCAAGUUCUUCUCUAUGGCUUACUACACGGAGUACCCUGUCUCCACAGGCCGAGUGCACAUACAAGCCGGCCUCAACCCGUACGCCCCUCUCGAAUUGGAGACCGGGUUCCUCGACGAUCCCGCGGACCUGGCCACUUUGAGAUGGGCAUACAAGCAUGCUAGAGAGCUUGCCCGACGCAUGGAAGCCUAUCGCGGAUGUUUCGGGCCGGGACAUCCUCGAUUCGCUGAAGGGAGCGAAGCGGCUGUGGACGGCGAAGCGCAAGGACCAGUAGCGAUCUCGGCGGCUGAUAUCAGGUACACGGAUGAAGACGACGAGGCGAUUGACAUGUACCAUCGUUUAAAUGUGCAAACCACUUGGCAUUCUCUCGGGACAUGUGCAAUGAAGCCUCGGGCCCAAAAUGGGGUCGUCGAUGCGCGUCUGAACGUCUAUGGGGUGCAGAAUCUCAAAGUAGCUGACAUGAGUAUCGCGCCGUCGAAUGUUGGAGCGAAUACAUAUAAUACGGCGCUAAUCAUUGGGGAGAAGGCUGCGGUGAUCAUAGCGGAGGAUUUAGGAAUCAAAGGUAUUUAA